UCCUCCUCGGUGAGCACAGAGGGAGGAGGAGGAGGAGGAGGUGGAGGCAGGAGGAGGAGGAUGGGCCUCGAACACAGACUUGCAAUGGCACUGCAAAAAUUGGAUUAAAGCAGUAUGCUGGACAAGAGCGAGGUGGCAACUCUAGGCCUACCCUCCACCACCAGCCAUGGAGGCUCUGACAGUAACAUCAGCACGGACGGGGCGGCAACAGCAGCAUCUGGGGUCAUGGCCUGUGGAGGUGCAGAGGGUUUUGGUGAGCCACAGCGGACUCGUGCUGCUUUGGAGCAUCUGCAGCAGAAGAUCCUGAAGGUCACGGAGCAGAUCCGUGUAGAGCAGGAGGCCCGUGACGACAACGUUGCAGAGUACCUGAAGUUGGCCCACAACGCAGACAAACAGCAGGCGUCCAGGAUCAAGCAGGUGUUUGAGAAGAAGAACCAGAAGUCAGCACAGACCAUCGCACACUUGCACAAGAAACUAGAGCACUAUCACAAAAAGCUAAAGGAAAUAGAACAGAAUGGACCAGCCCGGCAGCCUAAGGAUGUCCUGCGGGACAUGCAGCAGGGAUUAAAGGACGUUGGGGCCAACGUUCGUGCUGGGAUAAGUGGUUUUGGAGGUGGAGUAGUUGAAGGGGUCAGAGGUGGAGUAUCUGCCCUCACUCACACAGCCGUGGUCUCCAAGCCCAGAGAGUUUGCCAGUCUUAUCAGGAACAAAUUUGGCAGCGCAGAUAACAUUGCUCAUCUAAAGGACUCGCUCGAGGACGGAGUCGUGGGCCACUCUGAGGACACCCCGACACCUCGUGCACUGAGUGGAAGUGCCACUCUGGUCUCCAGCCCAAAGUACGGAAGCGACGACGAGUGCUCCAGCGCCACGUCCGGCUCCGGAGCGGGCAGUAAUUCUGGUGGUGCGGGGGGAGGAGGGGGACUGUUAGGACCAACCAUGGGGAGCCCCAGACUGGACGGGCACCACCACCACCACCAUCACAUGCACAGCUCCUGGGACUCUCUACUUGAGGGCCUGCAGGAGAUCAAGGCCAGCCAGGCUCACAUGGAGGACACCAUCGAGGACAUGAAGGGACAGCUGCAGAGUGACUACUCCUACAUGACACAGUGCCUGCAAGAAGAGAGAUACAGGUAUGAGCGACUUGAAGAACAGCUGAAUGACUUAACAGAGCUGCACCAGAAUGAGAUGACUAACCUUAAACAGGAACUCGCAAGCAUGGAGGAAAAAGUCGCCUACCAGUCCUACGAGAGAGCAAGGGACAUUCAGGAGGCCGUGGAGUCUUGCCUGACCCGCAUCACCAAGCUGGAGCUGCAGCAGCAACAGCAGCAGGUCGUCCAGUUGGAGGGAGUGGAGAACGCCAACGCUCGAGCUCUGCUGGGCAAACUCAUCAAUGUCAUCCUUGCGCUCAUGGCCGUACUGCUGGUCUUCGUCUCCACUUUGGCCAACUUUAUCACCCCACUGAUGAAGACCCGAGCCCGGGUGGCCGCCACCGUCCUGCUGACCUUGCUGCUGUUUGUCCUGUGGAAGCAGUGGGACUUUCUGGAGCCGUGGCUGCUGCCCAGCUGAGCUCCCUGAGAGAGACUCCAGUGGAGGCCAGAGCAGGGAGACACAAACUCAUCCCCACUGAAGGAUUCAGAAAUAGAACAAAGGCCACUGCACUUGUUCCCUGUGAAGGUGGAGCAUCAGAGGACAAAACAUGGCACUUUUAGAUCGGCAGUGACCCGCUCUGCAGAGCGUUGAGAGGCGUUUACAGAUAAAAGGAACAGAAAUUCUCUGCUUGCCAAGCAACAUAAGACAUCAUCUCAUCUCGCCCAAAUCUACUGGUGUUGAUGACCAAUCAUUGAUUGCAUUGCUGUCACCAAAAACUGAGUUUCUUGCAAGUAAUCUUUGGAAUGGUCUUUUUCUAAUUAUUUAUGAUACAUGAAUUACCAACUUAAUAAUGACUUUAAAAUGCUGAUCAUGUU